AUGUUCGAGUGUCCGGAGAGUGGGGAAGAGAUGAGCCCCACUCACAAGAUAUCCUUCUCCAUCAUAGAUAUUCUCGACCCCCAAAAAUUUACAGGUAAAUCUCAGGCGCUCGAGCUGCAAGACAAAGAGCCAAAUGAAAACAGUGUACUUACUAGUACAGUACAGACCUUAAAGGAGACGGUAAAGCUAAGUGCUGAAAAGAACAGCAACCAAGUCGGCACCGAAUCUGAUGGAAGGGAACAACACAGACAUUCCAAUACUAAUACUUCAAAAGAAUUUCCAGAAUCCCAUGGAAACCUUCAGCUAUUUCAAGGGGAUAAUAAUUCAACACAACCUGAAUUCCACAAAGACCAGAAUGCCUCCACUGAGUUGGAAUCCAGGUCUGAUCACAUUGCACCCAGGCAAAAACGUCGUCGAGCUGAACCAGGCUGUGCUAAACCAAGACGAGCUAGAACUGCAUUCACGUAUGAGCAACUAGUGGCUUUGGAGAAUAAAUUUCGCUCAACCCGCUAUCUAUCAGUAUGUGAACGCCUUAACCUUGCUUUGUCCCUCAGCCUUACAGAAACUCAAGUUAAAAUCUGGUUUCAGAACAGACGCACAAAGUGGAAAAAACAAAACCCUGGAGCAGAUAGCACAAUUCAGUCUGGACCAACUAGCCUGUCUCGAGUCAGCCCGAGUCCUCCUGGACCAAGUGUACUCAGCUUUCCAACUUUUCAGACUUAUGCUGCAGGGAAUGUCAUUUGCCAGACGGCAACACCAGUCCCUUUAGUAUCAUGCUCUACAGGAUUAAUGUCUCCCUUCCUGAGUUCUACUUACUUGACACCAUUUUAUGCACCACAUUUGUGAAAAUGUAUACCUUAAGUAAUGAUUUACACAGAACAGAUUUACAACAUUUUUCAACUGUCUUCUAAUAAUGUAAGCAUCCCUCUUAAAAGAGCUGAGCGGCUCUACAGAGGUCAUUCAUUUAGAGGAAGUGUUUAAAAGCAUUAAACUGACGUUUGAGUUUCAACAACAUUAGAAAUACGCCGAUUCUUCAUCUGAAACUAAUAACAAACAAAUAACAAUCCUGAUAGGGUCAGAAGAAAUAUACCUGCUUUUGGAUUCUUAUUGAGCGUUAAAUCUAGGAUUAUAAUUCUUAGAUUAUGAACCUAGAGACUAGCUGCACCUGUAUGUUCAGUCUAUUGGUGCUAAAAAUACAGUGGAUUCCAGUUAAUUGGGCCAUUAGCUAAUUGGGACAGCAAUUUAUUUUGGACACCAUGCCAUUUAAUUGGGGCAGGGGCACGGUGCUGAACAGUUUCUAGCUCCCAUCAGCCAUGUGUAUUUGCGUGGCUGUUAGACACUACACCGUGUAUAGAGCGAUCAGUUUUUAAAUAGUAGCAGUAUUUGUGUUCAAAAUGCAGUGAAUGUUGUCAUUGAUUGUUGACAAGAAACAGGCAGUAAGGCAGUUUGGAACUACUUUGUUCACCACAGUUUCAAGUGUUCAGGUUUGGAGAUGCCAGAACAGCUGGGAGUGAAAAUGAACCGAUUUUGUUACUUUAACAAGUUAAGAAUUACAAAGGUAUUGACAACAAUCAUCUUGAACGUUACAAUGAAAAAAAAAUUGGAGAGAGGAUGCAAUCAUUGAAGGCAUUGUAUGAAGGCAGUCCAUUAUCUGCACUAGGUGUUUGCACUGAUUUUGUUCAUUUACAAUCAAUCAGAAGAACACAGCAGAUGAAUUCCUCCAUCGAUAAUUAUUAAGAAUACACAGCUUUAUAGUACUGUAGAGUUAUUGGUAAUGUUCUUAUUUGUUCUGUAUUUCAUUUAAAUAUAUAAAUUGUUACUUUGUUAAACAGUGGUUUAACUAUUUACAUGAAACUUCUGCUAACUGGGGCAGCUGCUUAAUUGGGCCAAAAUGUACUGGUCCCAAUAUGACCCAAAUAACCGGAAUCCACUGUAUAUUCUUCAAAAUCUUUUAACUCUACCUUUGUAGAUCCUUAAAUGUUAUUCCAUAUUAAGUGUUAUCAAUCCCUUGUGGCCAGAAUUAUCAGAAAAAAUGAAAAUUCUUUAUCAAAUAUAACAAAUGACAGCAAUUAAAUAAUAGGAUGCAUGAGAUGGAUAAGCACUGAGACACAAUUGUUAACAGAAAAUGAGGCAAGAGAGGAAGUUGUCAUCCAAAAGUAGUUAUUUUGUUAUUCCAGAUAAGGGUUUAUGAUAUCAGGUACAGUAUUUUACAGUUUUAUGUCGCCUUCACUACCACAAGAGAAUACAGCUUAAUUAGAAUGAGUCUAUAUCCUUUUAUAACAACUUAAAUUCGGAGAAGCAUCAUUACUUAUUCUUGGAUUCUUAAGGGAAUUUGGCUUUGACAAUCAAUACAUUUCUUUACAAAAGAAAAAUAAGUUUUUGACCUAACAGAAAUGCAAUAAUUUUCAUGAGCUGGUGUUGAACUUUGUGACUCCCAAAGUUUGGAUUUUGAACUGCCAGGUUCACCAUAAAAGAUUAAUAAAGAAGGUUACUGCAGUUUUUAAUGUUCAUCAUUUAUAGCUCCAUAGACAGAGCAACUUACUUUCAUAUUUGUUUAAUUCCUAUUAGUUAUUGCAAUGCAAUUAUAUUACAUGUCCUGAAUAUUUGUUAAAGAUAUUUUUUGAUUAACUUUGAUUAACUUGAUAUCUGUCAAUGUUUCUAGAUGUUUGACACAGCCUUAGCUUCAAAAGAAAUAUGAACUGAUAAAUGUAGGAUUAUGGACAUUCUAAAAGCUGGUUUUGAGGUUGUUUGAACCCACUGACACACUUUAGCUGUCAAAAAAUAAAAUCAGAAUAUUUGUGUAUUAAAGAGAUUUAGAUAAAGCAACACCUUUAAUCCUCACCCAAUGCUAACCAUGAUUAUAAAUAAUACAUACCCACCUCAAUUAAAUAUAAUGCUGAUAAUAUCUGUGAUAAUCCAUGAGAGAUAAUUAUAAAAAUAGCAAGUUAUGGGUAUAACUUUAAUAUUAGGGUAAAUAUUUUUUCUAUAAGUUUGCUAAUUAAUUUCAAAUACAAUGUGCCCCAUGUUUGCAUAUGUAUUAUUCAGAUAAGUGAAUAACACAGAAUAUGAAGCUCAAGGAAAUAGCAAGGUGAUUGUUCAUGCUUCAUCUAAUGCUUUAUGCUAUUUAUACCACAAAUUUUGUAUCUGUACAUUGCAGAACAUAAUUUUCACUGCUCAAACAUCGAGCAUUGAAUCUAAUUUUGAUGGUUUGAAUUGAGGGCUAAAUUGUGUCUAGGAGAAUUGAAAAACUUUUAUCUUCUCAGAUAGUGGCUUAGUAUCUUUUACAGCCACUAAGCUUCCAAUAAAUAAUAAAAAUAAUUGAAAAUAAACUAUCGAAGAAGUUGGGUCAGAAGAACAUGUUUAAACUAUAUACAACAUAUUUUUGAAGAUAUUGUUACCUUCCUCCGUGGUUUUUCUGUAUUGUGAAGAAAUAUUAAAGCACAAUUUGUAAAUAAAUGAAGUAUUAAAUGAUAAUAAAAUGUUACUAAUAUAGUUAUUUUCUUUUGUUUUUGAAGUAUAUUUAGUGGUAUUUCCUUCCACAGAACAAGCAUUCUCAAUGCUUGACUUAUGGUAUGUUACAUAUAUUUUUUGUUGUGAUACGCACCUGACUGCCCCAGCUUCUGAGGUUGAGACACUCCAACUCUCUGAAAUAUAUGGAUAGCUGGCAAGGUCCCUUUAAAGACUCAGGCAACCCCACUAAUUGGUGGCCAUGUUUUGCUGCCAAGAUUUCAAUAUUUAAAGAACAUCUGAACUGUGGUUCAGUGCUCAAUUGUUAACUCAACUUCAGAUUCUCAUUUAGUUUCUAGUUUAGAUCCCUGUUCUCACCUCUGUUUUGUAUCGUGACUCAGUUCUAAUCUUGGAUACACCAGCACUUGGGUCCUCGGUCUCUCAUUAAUUUUCCUCAUUGGUUUGGAGAUUUCUGUGAACUGAUCUAAUUUUGGGCAUAGUACUGUCUUAUAGGUUCCUGAACUGACUUCACCAGUUUGUGCAAAUUACUGUGGUGGGUUAGAAUAUCAAGGUGGAGAUACAGGAGACCACAGAUGCUGGAAUUGCAGACGGAACUCAGCUGAUCAAGUAGCAUCUGAGGAGGGAAGUGGAUGGACUAAUGAAGAACCUUGACCUGAAAUGUCAACUCUCCGCUGUCUGACCAGUUGAGUUUCUCUAGCAUUUUGCUUUUUGCUCUCCAAUUCUAAGUAUUUUGACGAUCUCUUUUAAUUUGUAGUGGGAAGGUAUGGUUGGCAAAAAACUAGUCACACCACACUAUUUUCGCAAGAUCAGUUUUGUUAUCAUAAAUAAAAUCCAGUGUUUAAAAGUGCAUUUAACUUGCAAAUCACAUAGGUUGUACCUUAUGCAGUUAUGCAAAUAGAAAUUAGGAAUAGGAAAAUAAUUUCUGUUUUUGCAGUGUUAUCAAAUGGUAGUAAAAUGAAACAUCAUGUAAUAUAUAACAUCACUACAUGCAUUAGCUAACCUAUAGAGACAGCAUCUUCUUGGGAAGGCAUGAGUUGAUUGUUUAUACUUGUACUGAAUCUUAAAGGCACUGUGCAAAAGUCUUAAGACACAUAUAUAUACCUAGGAUGCCUGAGACUUUUCUACAGUACCGUGGUAAUUUUAUGAAUUGCACAGUACCACUGCCACACCAAAAAAAACAAAUUUCAUGACAUAUGUGAGUCAUGAUAAACCUAAUUCCAAUGUGGGUCUCUGUUGUGGACUGACGGUGGGAAAGGGACAGGGAGAGGGGAAUCAUGGUUAAGAAAAGAGGAAAAGAGAAGGGAGGCAGUGGGAAGCAGAAAGACAUUCUGUUAUGAUCAAUAAACCAUUUGCUUGGAAUCAAAUGACCUUGCCUGGUGCCUCAGGGCUGGAUGUGUCUGCACCUAUGUCACCACCCUCCCUGCCCGACAGUUCUUUCCUGCUACCUGUUUCACACACUUCCUGCAGCCCUCUGCCCUCAUUACUCUAAGCAUUCUUUGCUUCUGCCAGAUUCACAAACUUACUCUGUGCUCCACAUCAACAAUUAUAGUAUGUAGUGUGCAAAUGCCUUAGGCGCUCAACUAUAUAUAUGUGCCUUAGACUUCUGCAAAGGGCAUGCCCUUUUCUCACUGUUGCCAUUGGGUAGGAGGUACAGAAGCCUAAAGGCACACACUCAGCGAUUCAGGAACAGCUUCUUCCCCUCUGCCAUCCGAUUCCUAAAUGUACAUUGAACCUUGGACGCUACCUCACCUUUCUUUCUUUAUCAAUCUUCUUUAUUAAGUUUCAAAUAGAUAAACAUAACAAUGAUAGUGAUACAAAGAGAUCAGGAUUACAUUAAUAAUGGUUAAUAUAUACAUAAACAUACUCCGAGUAAAAUGUGUAAUCUAAGCCUCCCAAUCUCUUAGUAACAUGAAAAAGGUUCAAAGAAAAAAAAUCCCCCUAAACUAACAAAAAAAAACCAAUAAAAACAAAACAAAAGCUGGGCUGCCUUGGUUCAUUGGUUAAAAUCAUUAUUUGAUUUUAUAUUUUAUAUAAAAUCUAUUUUAUAGAGGACUCCGCUCCUCUAUACACAAACAAAAAGUUAUUAAGAAGGAUUCAGAAAAGGUCAGUUUACAUCAUAUGAAAAUGUUGAAUAAAUGGUCUCCAGGUUUCUUCAAAUUUAACCAAAGGAUCAAUAGUGCCAUUCCUAAUUUUUUCCAAGUUUAAACAUGUUAUAGUUUGGGAAAACCAUUGAAAUAUAGUAGGGGGAUUAGAAUCUUUCCAUUUAAAUACAAUGGAUCUUCUGGCUAUUAAUGUAACAAAUGCAAUCAAACGGCAAGCUGUAGUGGAUAAUUGACUGGUGUCUAUCACUGGUAAUCCAAAAAUUGGAGUAAUAGGAUGAGGUUGUAAAUCAAUAUGCAAAACUGCUGAAAUAAUAUCAAAAAUAUUUUUCCAAUAUUUUUCUAAAAGAGGCCAAGACCAGAACUUAUGUGUCAAGGAAGCUACCUCAGAAUUACAUCUGUCACAGACAGGAUUUAUAUGGCAAUAAAAAUGAGCUAAUAUAUAUUAUAUAUUUUCUAAUAUAUAAUAUUUCUAUUUUUUGCACAAUUUUAAUCUAUUCAUUAUAUGUAUACGGUAAUUUAUUUAUUAUUAUUUUAUUUUGUUGUUCUUCUGUGUUAUGUAUUGCAUUGAACUGCUGCUGCUAAGUUAACAAAUUUCACGUAACAGGCUGGUAAUAAACCUGAUUCUGAUUCAGAUUCAGUACUAUAUAAAGGUGAAUUUCAUACUGUUUAGUAUGAGUGACUUGUCUAUUUUUCUUUCAAAUGUUUUUUUGGCUUGUAUGAACAUUUAUUUUGAUUUUGCUCAAUUGAGCAUUUUGUUUCAAAACACCGUGUCAAGCGGCCUUUCUUCAGUCAAUCUUCCUGUUCUCUACAUCUCUGUUAACGGUCAGAAACCUUUUAGAUUUUUUUUAUCUGAUUCAACAUCUCAGUUCCCCUCCCUUUCUCUAGCUGCUUAGAAUAAAUCGCCCUGUUGCAUCUUGGGACACCUUGUACAUUAAGUAGAUUCUGAAAUUGAAAACAAAAUAUUAAUAUUGUUUAUUCUACAUCUGUUUAUACUUUUGUUAUGGUUAGCAAAAUGCAGAAUUUUUUCCCUAGCUAUUGGAAGCAAAUUAUAGUAAGACCUUCUUUGAAAAUAAAAACAUUCAAGGUAACAUACAGGUUAGACAAAGGAGAGCCAGUAAAUGUUAUUAACUUGGAUUGUCAGAAGGCCUUUACAAGAUGUUGCACAUGAGGUUACUAAAGAAGACAAGAUCUAGCAUGGAUAGAAGAUUGGCUGACUGGCAGAAGGUAGAGAGUGGGGCUAAAGGGCUCUUUUCAGAAUGGCUCCAAUGACCAGUGGAGUUCUGCAGGGUAAUCUGCAGGACUACAGCAUUUCAAUGGAUGAUCUGGAUGAAAGAACUGAUAGCGUUAUGGCCAAGUUUGCAGACAAUACAAAGAUAGGUGAAAGGACAGAUAGUGGAGUCUGCAGAAGGACAUGGGUUGGGAGAGUGGACAAAAAAGAUGGAAUACAAUGAAGGGUUAUGUAGUUUGGCAGAAAGAAUAACAUGCAGAAUAUUUUCUAUAUUUUUAGUUUUUCUUUAGAGACAGCACGGUAACAGACACUUGAGGCUGAAAAAGACUGCACUACCCAAUUACACCUAUGUGACCAAUUAGCAUACAAACCAGUAUAUCUUAAGAAUGUGGAGAAAGCUGGAAGACCUGGAGGAAACCCAUGCAUACAUGGGGAGGACGUAUGAAUUCCUUACAAGCUAGCUGUGGAAUUGAAUCUGAGUCGCUGGUGCUAUAAUAAUGUUAAGCUACGUAAAUGCUGUGCUACCUUGCCAUCCAAUGCAGAGAGAAUUCAGAAAUUGGAGGGGCAAAGAUACUUGAGUCCGAGUUCAGCAUUGCCUUAAGAUUAAUUUGCAAGUUAAAUCAGUAAUAAAGAAGGCAAAUGCAAUGUUGGCAUUCAUUUUGAGAUGACUAAAAUAUAAAAACAAGGAUGUGCUACUGAUGCUUUUUAAGUUUUGGAAUUUGUAAUCAAUUUUGGGCCCUUUCUCGAAGGAAAGAUGUAUUGACUCAAGAAAUUCCAGAGGUUUACAAGAAUGAUCCCAGAAAUGAAAUGCUUAACAUAUGAGAAGUGUUUAAUGGCUUUAAGUCUGUACUUGAUGGAGCUCAGAAAGAUGAGGUGGGGGAUCCCACUGAAUAAUGAAAGGCCUGGAUAGACUGGAUGUGAAGAGGACAUUUUCUUUAGUAGGAAAGUCUAGGGUCCAAGAGCACAGGCUCAGAAUAAAUGGAUAUCUCCGUAAUUCUUCAGAAAUCCAAUUUCUUCAGCUAUGAAGGUCAGUUCAUUGAGAAUAUUUAAGAGUUUGAUCUUGAUUGUUAAAGUGGUUAAAGUUUACGGGGAGAAUGCAGGAGAUAUGGUUAAAAAACAGCCAUAAUUGAAUGGCAAAGCAAACUCGAAUGGUCAAUUGAAAGACUAAGAGACUGCUACAAGAAACUAAAUGGUUGAACUUUAAGAACAAUUUCAAUUCGUGAGAAAAUAUACAAGAGACUGCUAAUCUCCAACAAAUAUAUUGACAACUGCUAGUUAUUUAUUAAGAGCAUUUGUGCAGAUGUGUAACAUAAUAGAGAUAACAGUUAAUUAUAACAAAUGAAUUUUGGUUUAAUUAGAUCUCCUGAUUGACAAUUUAAAAAAUGCUGUUUAGUGUUACAAUUAUUCAAAGUUGUUAUAUUCAACUAAGUUAAAUCAAAUUAUAGGCUUAAAUGAAAAGAAUUUUAAUCUCCAAUUUGAUUACAGAACACAUUCUGCACUAUUUUGUUCUUUAUGAACAAGUGAUAUUCAUAGCUCUUCUUGUAAAGCUGAGAAUGAACACACCUUCAAAUGAUUCUGAAGUCAACUGAAAGUAACUAUAGCACUAAUGAUCAGAAAUCAAUUUUUCUGCAGUUGCAAAUCUUCAGUGUGUUUACUUUUAAAAACUGCUAUUCCAGAUUUGCAUGAUCCAAAAUGUGGCAAAGUAUAUUGUGGACUCAAUUCCAUUUGAGAGACACGACCAUGAAAAUCAGGUUGACGUUCCUGUUAAUUUUACUGGUGCCAACUUUUGGAUGAGUAAUGUGUGGGUGAUCUGUAAGUUUUUGUGUGUGAGAGAAGGUGUUGGUGGUUAAAUGGUAUUGUUGCUGUUCUUUUCUGCAAGGGUGGGGUGUUGGGGGUUUGAUGUUAUUGUUUAUGGUCUUUUUGCAGGGAGGGGGUUAGGGGUUUGGGGGUUUUGAUGUUCUAGCUGCCAUUUUUCAAUUGGGAAAUCUGUUAGUUUUUAUGCGAGGGAGGGGUUGGAGUUUGACGUUCUCACCACCAUUUUCCUUGUGGAUGAUCUGUUAGUUUUUAUACGAGGGAGGGGGUUGGGGUUUGGACUUUGAAGAUCUCGACACCAUUUUCUGUAUAGAUGAUCUGUUAGUUUUUAUGCAAGGGAGGGGUUGAGGUUUGGAGUUUGAUGUUUCAGCUGCCAUAUUCUGUGUGGGUGAUCAGUUAGUUUUUGUGUUUGUAAGUGGGUAGGGAGGUUCGAGAUUUGCGAGUUUUGCUUCUUUUUCUUUAUCCUGUGUGUGUGUGGGGGGGGGGGGGGAGUGGUCAUUGAUGCAUUGAUGUCUUUUUUUUCAACAUCUCCCAUUUUUUGUAUUUCACGGCUAUUUGGAGAAGAUGAAUAUCAGAAAUAGCAAAUGAACUGAAUAAAUACUUUGCACCAGUCUUUAUUGUGGAAAACACCAGCAGCAUGCCAGAAAUUCGAGAGUAUCGGGGGCCGAAGUGAAUAUAGUUACUUUUACUAAGGAGAGGGUGCUUGGGGUGCUGAAAGGUCUGAAGGUAGAUAAAUCACCUGGACCAAAUGGAUUACAGCACAGGAUUCUGAAAGAAGUAGCUGAAAAGACUGUGGAGGCAGUGGUAGUGAUCUUCCAAGAAUCAAAAGAUUCUGGAAAUGUUCUAGAGGAUUGGAACAUCGCAAAUGUCACCCACUAUUUGGAUUUUCAGAAGGCCUUUGACAAGGUGCCAAACAUGAGACUGUUAAAAGCUCAUGGUAUUACAGGAAAGAUACUAGCAGACAGAAGAUUGGCUGACUGAUGGAAGGCAAAGAAUGGAAAUAAAGGGUGCCUUUUCUGGUUGGCUGCCAUUGACUAGUGGUAUUCUGAAGGGGUCAGAGUUGGGUCUGGUAAUUUUUACAUUAUAUAUCAAAGAUCUGGAUUACAAAAUUGAUAGCUUUGUGGCCAAGUUUGCAGACAAUACAAAGGUGGAGAGCAAGUAGAGUUGAGGGACCAGGGAUUUUGUAGAAGGACUUGGACAGAUUAGGAGAAUGGGCAAAGAAAUGAUAGAUAGAAUACAAUGUAGGGAAGUGUAGGAUCAUGUACUUUGGUAGAAGGAAGAAAGGUGUAGACGAUUUUCUAAAUGGGGAGUGAACUCAGCAGUUGGAAGUGCCAUGGUAGCAUAGUGGUUAGUGCAAUGCUAUUACAGCUGAGGCAUUCCAGAGUUUCGAGUUGAAUCCCGUCACCAUUCCGUACAGAGUUUCCGUACAUCCUCCAUAUGGAAUACGUGGGUUUCCUCCAGGUCCUCCAGUUUCCUCCUAAAGGUCGGGCAGGUUGAUUGGUCAUUGUACACUGUCCAAUGAUUAGGAUUAGGUUAGGGUUAACCGGGUUUGUCAGGGGUUGCUGGGGCAGCAUGACUCGAAGGGUUGGAAGGGUCUACUCCGUGCUGUAUCACUAAAUAAAUAAAUAAGCACAAUGACACUUGGGAGACUUAGUGCAGGAUUUCCUAAAGGUUAACUUGCAGGUUGAGGUGGUAGCAAGGAAAAUAUAUGGAAUCCUAGUAUUCAUUUCUAGAGGACUAGAAUAUAAAAAAAAAUCAAGGAUGUAAUAUUGAGGCUUUAUAAGGAAUUGGACAGACCAUGUUUGGAGUAUUAUGAGCAGUUUUAUGCCUCAUAUCUAAGAAAGGAUGUGCUGGUAUUGCAGAGGGUCCAGAGUUUUACAAGAAUAAUCCCAGGAAUAAAAGGGUUAAUGUGUGAGGAGCUUCUGAUGCCUCUGCCCCUGUACUUGCUGUAAUUUAGCAGAAUGAGGGGUUGUCAUCGAACCCUAUCAAAUAUUGAAAGUCCUAGACAGAAUGAAUGUGUCGAGGAUGUUCCAGUUGUGGGUCUAGGACCAGAGGACACAACCAUAGAAGGACAUCCCUUUAGAACAGAGAUGAGAAGGAACUUCGUUACCCACAGUGUAGUGUAUCUGUGGAAUUCAUUGUCACAGAUGGCUGUGGAGGCCAACUCAUUGGGUAUAUUUAAAAUGGAGGUUGAUAGAUACUUAAUUAUUAAGGGUGUCAAAGGUUAUGGGGAGAAGACUGGAGAAUGCGAUUGAGAGGGAAAAUAAAUCAGCCAUGAUGGAAUGGCUGGGCCAACUCAAUACACUAAAUAGCUUAAUUCUGCUCCUAUGUCAUAUGGCCUUAACGUAACAAACAAAACAUUUUCAGUGAGAAAGAGGUAAACACGUUAGUAACAAUUUUCUGACUGUAUUAACUGUAUAAAAUCAUUACUG